GGCUGUGCUCCGCGAGACUCCGGGCGGCUCGAGCAUCGUCUGCAGCAUCAGCAGCUCGCGGACGCGCGUUCCGCACAAACAGGCUCCAACUUUCCCCCGUCCAGCUCGCCCUCUUUUUUUUCACAUUUCUUUCACACACUUUUCUUUUUCGGGAUGUGUGUGUGUGUGAGGGGGAUGUUACACAUUCAAAAGGGCUUCCGAACUGUUGGCAUCCGUUUCACCCCCCUCCUCCUCCCAGCUUUUUUUAAACUACUCUUGGACUGCCAGCGUGAUGUUGAAUUACGAAUAGAUUCAUCAAGCGGCGUGAUUACUCCUGGCAAAAAGCAUCUUUUUAUUUUCCUGCUCCCCCCCACCACCACCACCACACACACUCCCUCUCUUCUCUCCCCCCUGUUAGGAAAAGAAGAAAGGAGGUUUUGUAGGAGUAAAAAAAAAAAAGUGGGCAGUUCAGUUUUUUUUGGGUCCUCUCUCCCGGUGUUUUCUCUGCCUCGCUCUUCCUCGCCUCCUCCUUUCUCAUCCUCCCGACCAGCCCCGGGUCAGCCUCUCUCGUCUCGCGCUGCUGUCCUCGUGCCGGGAACCUUCCCCGCACCCGCCGCCGCAUUGACCGUCCGGCUCGCGCUGCACCACCGCGCGGAGGGGGCGCGAGGAGCCGCACCGGCCCAGGACACCUGCCGUGACGGAGCAGCCGCCUCCGGACAGACCGCUUCAUUCACUCGCUCGGGCAGAUACCGCCUGUCUCUCCAUCCACCCGCCCAGUGGCGAAAGGGAGCUCAGUCUUUUGACAGCCAGGCAUAGCGCAGUCAUCUGGAGCGCCAGCCAGCAAGCAGCAGGUCGACCAGCGAACCCAGGUUAUUGCUCUGGUUACAACGCAGACGAUUGUGCUCGAGGUGUCGGAAAUGGCCCUCGCUCUUCUCCUGUGCGCCAUCUGUCCCCUCGUCCUGGGCAACUCCUACAACUCCAACCCGGGAACAGACGAUGUGAGGCUGCUGCAGGUCACCAUCCCCUCCCACUCCAUCAUGGCUGGCACCCUGGGGGGCUCCCUGACCCUGCCCUGCCAUGUCUCCCUGGCCCAGCCCACCCCCCCCACCUCCGGGCGCCGGGCGGUGCUGGCCACCCCCCGCGUCAAGUGGAGCGUCGUCUCCGGAGGCCAGGAGGUGGAGAUCUUGGUGGCCAGGGGUCAGAGGGUAAAGGUCAGCGAGGCCUACAGGGACAGGGCCUCCCUCCCCCACUACCCCUCCUCCCCCGGCGACCUCACCCUGCGGCUGGAGGCUCUGCGCUACAACGACUCGGGGAUCUACCGCUGCGAGGUGCAGCAGGGCCUGGAGGAUGACCACGACCUUGCCCGGGUCAAGGUCAAAGGGGUGGUGUUCCACUACCGAGACGCCUCCAGCCGCUACGCCUUCUCCUUCGGGGACGCCCAGCAGGCCUGCGCGGACAUAGGCGCCUCCAUCGCCACGCCGGGGCAGCUCCUGGCAGCCUACCACAGCGGCUACGAGCAGUGCGACGCGGGCUGGCUCUCUGACCAGACCGUCAGGUAUCCCAUCCAGCUCCCUCGGGAGGGCUGCUAUGGCGACAUGGAUGGAUUCCCUGGAGUGCGGAAUUAUGGAACCCAACCGCCAGAGGAGCUGUACGAUGUCUACUGCUAUGUGGAGAACUUGCAUGGUAACAGAAGAUCUCCGCAUGAGGAAUCGGGAGCAGAUCCAAGCUCCCCUCGGACCCCUCUCACCCCCCACGCGGAGAGCUCCACAGCAGCCGCCCCGCGUGGGGAAUCUGGGGAGCCGACAGCGGGCGGUCCGGACGCUGGAGGGGUCCACCCAGAGGGAGGGGUGUCCUCCGUGACGGAAUCCGGGGAUCGGGACCAGCUGGUCAGCCCCUUCCCUGGAGACCCGGAGGCGUCCGGACCUGUGGAGCAAAUCCUCCUCUCCCAGCCCGGCGCUGACCCCACGCUGCAGCUGCCGGGCUCGUCCUGGCCAGAGUCCUCUGCCCCAGAACAGGAGGCUGGGGGAAAGGCGGUCGAGAUGCUGGUGGGGCCAGUCACAGAGGUGCCCGCCGGGUCAGCUGACAUCACCGUCCCCGUGGAGCCUGAGCUACAGGCCAGCAGCGCGGGGCCAGCCGUGUCUGGUGUCCAUGAGGGUGGCCAGCCCAGCGGCCUCCCAGUCAACCUUUUGACCUCCCCAGCCCCUCCCACUGAGCCCCUCCCAACGUUGUCCCCCUUCUGGCCUGUGUUGGUGGAAUCCAGCACCCCCGGUGACCUUGAGACCCAUGGGCCAGAGAUCCCAUCUGGGGAGCCGCAGUCUGGCUCGGAGCACCAGGAAGGAUCUGUGGAGCAGGUCGUCUUGGAACAAACACCCGAUCUCCUGCUCCCAACAGCAGCUCCUCCUGCUGAAGUCGUGUCAACCCCAGAAGGCAGUCAGGAGUUGGAGCCCGACCUCUCCCUAGGAAUUCCCUUGGAGCCAGAGCCUUCUGGAGACCUGGGGCAAGUCCAGGAAUCCACUUCCUUCCAGGAGGCAUCUGUUGAGACUCAUAUAGACUCUGGGGAGGGUUCAGCCAUCAGUGAGGCUCCAGAUCUUCUGGCUAUGACCCUGGCACCACCGAAUUCCACCGUGGGGCUCUAUGAGACAGCCAGCACCACCAGCGGGGAGCUUCCGAGCACUCCAGCCACCUCACAUGUGGAAAACAGUGGGUAUGAAAUAGUCAGAUCCCCCUCAGAAAUCCCGACUACAGAAAUUGGGAUCACCCUUCUGCCCAGAGAGCUGGGAAGCCCAACUGGGGACUCACGGUCACCCACUGUGCCCCAGGAAUCCCGGAUGCCGGAUUUGGAAUACAGCGGGGACCAUUCCCCUGUGCCUGAGGGACACCACCCAGACGUUUCAGCCCACCCAGACCUUACCAAACCCACCGCCCUCUUCCCCACGACUGGACAUCCCACUGCUGACACCACGACCACUCCAGCCCUCUUCCUGCUUGCAACCCAAAGCCCCUCCAGCACCCUGGGGCUGAAUUUUACCACUGAAUCCACUCCCACGGCCGCUUGGGAAAUGGAAGGGUUUCACGAAACCGAGACCACCUCGGCCCUGCAGACGCCAGCCGGCACCACCCAGCCGGGGUCCGCAACCAUGACAGAGGGUGCCCCUCCACCCUUGCCUGCCUUGCCUAGUGAAAGUGCAGUGUUAGGACGGGCCUCGAAUGUCUCAGACGCCUGCCUGGACAGCCCCUGCGCCAACGGGGGUACCUGCGUCGAGGAGGGGGACUCGGCCAAGUGCCUGUGCCUGCCCACCUACGGAGGGGACUUCUGCGAGACUGAUCUGGAGCACUGCGAGUCCGGCUGGGAGAAGUUCCAGGGCUUCUGCUACAAGCACUUCAGCCACCGGCAGGGCUGGGAGGUGGCCGAGCAGCACUGCCGCAUGCUUGGGGGUCACCUGGUGUCUGUCAUGACCCCCGAGGAGCAGGACUUCAUCAACAAUCAAUAUAAGGAAUACCAGUGGACGGGUCUGAACGACAAGACUAUCGAGGGAGAUUUCCGCUGGUCUGAUGGGAACCCCCUGCUGUAUGAGAACUGGUACCGCGGGCAGCCCGACAGCUACUUCCUGUCCGGAGAGGACUGCGUGGUCAUGGUGUGGCACGACGGCGGGCGCUGGAGUGACGUGCCCUGCAACUACCACCUGUCCUACACCUGCAAGAGGGGCACCUCGUCCUGUGGGCAGCCCCCCGUCGUCGCCAACGCCAUGAUGUUCGGGAAGCCGCGCGCGCGGUACGAGACCCACUCCGUCGUGCGCUACCACUGCAAGGAGGGCUACCUGCAGCGGCGCAGCCCCCUGGCCAGGUGCCUGCCCGGCGGGGUGUGGGAGAGGCCCCAGGUCGUCUGCGUCCCAGCACCGGCUUCUUCUGCGCAGGACAAGCAGGUGGCGACACCUCCGCCGGAAGACGUAACUGCAGCCGCAGUCACAGGACAGUCGGGCGAGACCGGCGACUUCUGGGAAAUCAAGUGGAAUUAAAAUCCCUUUCCCGGUUCCUGUGCACCCCACCCCCCACUCCCACUCCCACUCCCACUCCCUCCUAUCAAUUCACGUCACACAGACACCAACCUCCCUGUGACAGGAGAGCUGGCGUUCUUCCACAUCGCGCCCUCCCACUCCCAGCACCCCUCGGUGCAAACCGACAACCCCCUCUCACAACUGACAGCGUCUGCAUCUCCCUCUGUUUCCACACAACGUCUCUCCUUUGUGGAGUCUGACUGUUCUGUUUGCUCUGUCUGACUCUUCCACCCCGAAACGACUUGUCAGGAGCCAGCGGACAGGAAGUGGGCCGGGGGUAGCAAAAAGGAGUUACACCCAUGCCUCGCAGAUCCAAAUGAUGAGCGCUGUGCGUCAGUAAAAUGCUUCCCCCGGCUCAUUUCCUGCCGCUCACAGUUGAGAAGGCGUUUUCAGGAAAGGGUGAAAAAAGAGGACAAUGCAGAUGAAGUUUGUUCUUCAGGGCUGCGAGGGGGCCACAUUCUGCAAAUUCAAGAAACGAUGAAAGAGUAGUUCAACCUUAUCAUCUCGGGUUCCAAAAUUCCAACUAUUCCAUGUUCCAGCAGCUGGGCUCUUUUGAGUAGCGCACACCCUGGACCGUUGCAGCAAUCUGUGCUUUACCUAGAAUUUACCAUGGCUGUGGGGGAGGGAGUGGGAGGACCAUGCAUGAACGAUGCUACAGCUCACCUGCUGAUGUGGAAUUUGUCACUGAGCUCCAAAGCCAAGUCUUCCGACGUGUUGUUUCAGCUGUGCGUAAAAAAAAACACCCAACUGGUUCCAAAUCUUUCACCCGGCACGCCUGUCCAGCUCCUACUUUUUGUAGCACGAGCUUCAGCUGAAGGAGGCCGAGCCCCAGAGGCUGUCGGCUUUGCUCCCCCGCCAGUCUGUGUGCAUUAAGAUUGCUCGAUGCCGAUAACCCUCCUGACGCCAUUCUAAUUAAAAGCUUUAUGUUAUAAUAAAGUUUCUUAGAAUAAAGUAGGUAUUUGCAUCCUCCUAACAUGUUACGCUUAACCACCUAACAUCGCUUAGCCAGCAUCUUUCACAAAAUAUUUAUGGGUGCAUUUUCUAUUUUCUCAGAAGUUACCCUUUUUAGCUGUUUUUUUUAUAAAAAGAGAAAGGCUUUUUUUGAAUAUGGUUUCAUAUUUAUAUCAUGGCCACUGGAUAAUAAAAAUUGCCCUUCUUA